AUGCCUGUAAAUUUCUUUAACUGGGAUACUUCUUUGGGGUUCUUUUUGGGCGCCGUGAUCGUGAUUGUCGUCACCUCUCUCCCCUUUGUUUUGUCGUUCGGAGUCCGCGACUUUAUCGGUCGAAUCCGCCGCGAAAAGAAGUUGGUUUCUAUUGCUCAUCCACCACGCCCGUCCGAACUAGAGGACAUUGAAAGAGACCCUUAUUGCGAUGAUGAUGAUAAUGAUGACCUUCUCUCGGGCUUCGUCACGCUGAAUGAGUCGGUCGCCACCGAGUUCCAGUCCAAGUUGCAGUCAAGUCGCUGGGCAGAUCUCACUAAAUUCUUCCUCCGAUGGGGACAGAAGUAUCUGUCUGACCGUCGUAGAUUGGAGAGGGAGCGGAGUAGAAAAAGCCAAGACUGCCGUGGUAGGAGUGCUCCAAAGAAACGUGCAGUUCAGGAUAUGUUCUCGAUCCCAGUGCAGACUCCGGUUGUACAUCAGCCUCUGGUAUCUGAAGUACAUGACCUUCUGCACAAAUACAGAGAUAGUAAUGGGCAAGAUUGCUUAUUGACCAGAGCCAGAGAUGAUGAUCCGGCAAUUUGCCUCGCCCUCUCCAGUGCUUUGCAAAAUGGAAAAGUUCUCUGGGGCCACUUCUCUCGAGCAGUUAUACAACUCGAUGAGCAUAUUGUAGUCAAGCUGGGCCAUAACCUGCUCCUCACAGGUGCAGAAGUCAUGGCUCAUAUUCACAAACACACAAACAGCGACAUCCCCGUUCCCAAACCACUUGGAGCAAUUUCCAUCGGCAAGACAACAUACAUGUUCAUGACCCGUGUUGAAGGCUCGCCGCUCGACAAACUCUGGCCGACGUUGUCCAACGAAGAGAAGCUCUCUAUUCGCGAUCAACUAGAUGUCAUUCUAGCCAAACUCCGAAAGCUACCCCUCCCGUCGCAGUAUCUGGGCAUCGGCAAUCCACCAUUCUGCAUUGACUGUAGAAUGUGGCUUCGAACAAGCAACACACACAUCGAAAACGAAACUCAGUUUAAUCAGUUUCUUCUCUCUGGAAACCAUACUCCUGUAACCGCGCCCUAUGUUGAAUUUGUACGACCCAUGCUCCGGGCUGACCAUCGCAUCGUAAUGACGCACGGUGACUUACAUCCAAGAAAUAUCAUGGUUGUUCGGGAGCAAGAUCCAUCUCAAUCUACAUUCAGUAUUACUGUAACGGGCAUCAUUGACUGGGAGCUCGGAGGGGCAUACCCGGAGUACUGGGAGUUUAUCAAGUCUCUCAAUACAAUGUACCCUGUACGACAAGGGGAUUGGGCUUUUUUUUCUACCUCAAAAGGGUAUGGGGACAUAUUUUGCUGA